AUGGCCUCUCGCGGCGCCCAGAUUGCCUUGUGGCCUUCUGCAUCGUCCGCACUCAAGCAACUGUCACGGCGGUCUGUCUCCUCGUCGACUUCCUCUCUUGUCGCUAGUGUGCUGCGUACUCAAUCUUACUCCUCGUCCGCAUCAUGCCGUCCUUCGCUCUCCGCAAUCUCUCGCACGCCACUCUCGCAGAUCCAAUCCGUCUCCCGUCAAACCCGCCCCGCCAGCAGCGUCUCGCAUAACUUGCUUGCCAGUCUUGAGAAGACAGCCAACAACAACCCUCAAAGCGCUACUGCCCAAAAUGCCUUCUACUCUGCACUGCUCCGCGCCGGUCACCACGAUAUUCUCGUCGAACGUUACGACUCCGGCCGUUAUGCUACAAGUCCCUCUGUCGAUAAUCUCUACUCUCGUGCUAUAGAAAAAGUCGGUCAAUCAGAGUCUGGCUCUGGUGCCCACUCGGAUGAAAGCGCUCAGGCUGCCGGUCAGGCUGUUGCUUCUACGGUUCGCGGUGGUAACGUCUCCGUCUCCCGUAGAGGCAGCGGUGGUAAGAAGGAACCCCUCUACGUUGUGGUUGACGAGUCCCUCGGCGCCACCAUCUUUAAAUGGGUCAAGUUUUUGAUGGUCUUUGGUGUCGCCUGCUAUCUGUCUCUGGUUGUUCUCACUCUCUUCAUUGACGCUACUGGCGUUAUCAAGAAGGUUGGUGGAGCCCAGGAUAACCAGGCAAAGCCAGAAAUGCAAAAGACUCGCUUCUCUGAUGUUCACGGCUGUGACGAGGCAAAGGAAGAACUCCAGGAACUCGUUGAAUUCCUCAAGGCUCCCGAUAAGUUCUCGACUCUUGGUGGAAAGCUGCCCAAGGGUGUUCUCCUCACUGGCCCUCCUGGUACUGGUAAAACUCUCCUCGCUCGCGCGGUCGCCGGCGAGGCUGGCGUUCCCUUCUUCUACAUGUCUGGUUCCGAAUUCGAUGAGGUCUACGUCGGUGUCGGUGCAAAGCGCGUGCGCGACCUGUUCACCCAAGCCCGUGGAAAGUCGCCUGCUAUCAUCUUCAUUGACGAGCUCGAUGCUAUUGGCAGCAAGCGUCAUGAACGUGAUGCAGCAUACGCAAAGCAAACUUUGAACCAAUUGCUUACUGAGCUCGACGGUUUCGACCAGGAUACUGGCGUCAUUAUCAUUGGUGCUACCAACUUCCCGCAAUCGCUCGACAAGGCUUUGACCAGACCUGGACGUUUCGACCGUAACGUUGUCGUUGGCCUGCCUGACGUUCGUGGUCGUAUCAGCAUUCUCAACCACCAUCUCAAGAACAUUCGCAUUGAUGGCGAGGUCGACGCUUCUGUUCUCGCUCGUGGUACUCCUGGAUUCAGUGGUGCCGAACUCGAGAACAUUGUCAAUCAGGCUGCUGUUCGCGCAUCCAAGAACAAGGCUAAGCGUGUGACCAUGGACGACUUGACUUGGGCCAAAGACAAGGUUCUUAUGGGUGCUGAACGCCGUUCUGCCGUCAUCCAGCAGAAGGACAAGGUCAUGACUGCAUACCACGAAGGUGGCCAUGCUCUUGUAGCCAUGCUUACAAAGGAAACAACCCCUCUCUACAAGGCUACCAUCAUGCCCCGUGGUCAUGCUCUCGGUUUGACUCAAAUGCUUCCCGAACUCGACAAGGUGUCAGAAACCAGAGCAGAAAUGAUGGCUCAGAUUGACGUCUGCAUGGGUGGCAAGGUCGCUGAGGAACUCAUCUACGGGCCCGAUCAAGUCACCACGGGUGCAUCCUCUGAUAUCCAAUCCGCUACUCGUAUCGCCUAUAUGAUGGUGACACAAGCCGGCAUGUCAGAGAAGCUCGGCAACGUAGACCUUAACAGUGACUACAGUCAUCUCUCAUCCGAGACGAAACAACUCAUCGAAAGCGAGGUCCGCAGACUGGUAGAAGAAGGCCGCGUGCGCGCCACCAAACUACUCAACGCCAACCGCGAAGGACUCGAACGUCUCGCGAAUGCGCUGGUCGAAUACGAGACUUUGAGCAAAGAGGAAAUGGAAGCAGCCGUACGAGGUGAGAAGCUGUCGCCGAAAAAGCCAACAGCGGACCCAGAUGUCCCUGUUAAGAACGUUCCUGAAUUCCCUCUUCCGCCAACUUUUGGUGUACCGCCCUCAAUAGGUGGAGGUAGUGGACCUGGAGGCGUACCCAGCCCUCGACCUGCUCCUGGCGGGAAUGAAGAUGGACCUUCUCCUUAUCCUACGGGUCCUUAG